AUGGAUAUGCUGGUUAAAUCAAAAUCAAUUCAAGAGCUGAUGGGCCACGAUGUGAUUGUCCUUAUCGGAGCGCCAUGUUCGGGCAAAACUACCCAGGGGAAACUUUUGGCAGAUGCUCUCGAUCGACCAUAUUUAUCACCUGGAAGUCUUUUUCGUGCUGAAGUAACCAAAGGUACUGUGUUUGGACAACAGUUAGCAGCAUACAUGGAUUCGGGAGAGACAAUUCCAAAUGAGUUGACAACAGCAUUUCUUACUGUUAAAUUCAGCGAUCCACUCUACGAAAACGGUAUGAUCUUAGAUGGAUGUCCACGCAGUGCAUCGCAUCUUGUAGUCCUUGAAAAUAUCUUGACAAACCUCGGCCGACGUAUUCUUGCUGCUGUCUAUCUUGAUGUACCUAAGGCACAACUUGAUGAACGUCGAGUUCAGCGUGGUCGUAAAGAUGACAAUGCUAUUACUGCUGAACGUCGAUAUGCAAUCUUUAAAGAGGAUAUCGCUCCUUUACUCAAUUUGUUGGAUCUAAAAAAGAAACUUCUCAAGAUUCAAUACACCUCCGAAUCUUCUGAAGGAGUUCUUCGACGGAUACUUAUAGAAUUAGCUGCAUUUAUAUCAUAG